AAUGUUUUUAAUCCCAGAUCGAAAAGCUAAUGUAAUAUCGUGGUUAGAUAGGUUUAUUUAAUUAGUCGUACAUAGCAACCUGGUGCCCAGUAUGUGACAAGCAAGUAAGUGUCGAGGAACGAGACACGGACAGACUUCUCACACAUAUCCGUAAACAUCAUCCCGAGAUCGCUGGCAAAUGUUUGAACAAUCAAAAAUUAGAUAUCUUGAUAGAUGGGAUAGAUAACUUGAUAGAUGGGAGGAUCGUACGGAAAUUACGCGCAAAAAAGGCGGAGACUGCACGUUCAUGUUUGUGGUGGCUUUAUCGUCUUGCGUUCCACCUUCGACCUUCUUCUUAUCCAUCCCGCAGUCCUUCAACCCACGAACGGAGGUUUAAGGAUAUCGUCGAAUCGGAUUUCGUCUCAGGUCACGCCAGUCGAUAGUAGCGACAAGAAGAACGAGCCGAAGAAAGUUUACGCUACUCGUGUGGACACGUGGAAAUUACACGGCGAGAGGAAAGUCUGCCCCCAAUGCCAGAGGGAAGCUGUGCCGACGCUUCAUACGCGCGGCGACAAACUGACGACCUCACAUAUCGGAGCCCUCUGCCUUUUCGGAAAGCGGCGCGCUUUUGUAAAUCACAAAGGGCGGAAUGCAAGCGGAGCGGGCCGUCACCAAGUGGCAUGUUGCUCCCGUGGAUUCCGACACUGAAAGCAUCCGAUGGUAAAACUCGCGCGCCGAAACGACCGAACAAUGUCUUCUCCACGGAAGUUGAAACAUGGAAAUACCACGACGAAUCAAUUCGUUGUCCUGCGUGUGGCGUGAAGGAAGUACCGAUAAUAUUAAAACAACAGAAAUUCACGAGCUCUCGUCUGGCUGCAUUUUGUUUAAUGGGAUGCUGGCCCUUCUGCUUCAUACCGUUGCUGAUGAGACGUGACAAAAGCACGCGCACGCUGUGUCCGCGUUGCGGUUACGAUUACGGAAUUUGUACGCGAGCAAAGAGCAAACUGAUCGCCUGUUCGUCCAAAUGCGCGUUUAGUCGCGGGAAAUUAAACGAUUUCGCGAAUUCACGACCAUGUCAUCUUCGGGCGGAAUACAGCAACUCGCGAGUACAACCGGGAUAUCGCCAGAAAACACUUUCCAUGGGUGACGAGGCCGCGAGAGCUCUCAGGGUCUCGGAGGAGCGUCCUCGGCGUGAAGAAGAAGGCGGAUCUCGUUGCUGCCGGUCGCAAUCGAAGCUAUCGCACGGAUACGCCUUUUGUGCGAACCAGGUCACGAAUCGCGAUUCAUCGUACGACGAAUGUAGCAGCGACGAUUACGUGAACAAAAGAUGGGAUCGUCGGCGCGACUUGGACGAGUCGAAAGCUCCGAAAGCUCGGGGACACAACGAAGGCAGCACAGGGACGGUGACGGUCGAUUUUUAUGCGAGACAGGUUUGCUGUCGGGAGUGCGGCUAGGAGAAACGAACGAAGAGAUGGUCGAACGAACAGAGAACGAACAAAUGUAUUUGCACAUUGCUCGCGAAACGCGAACUGUUACUUCGUUAUUCCGUGCAAAUUCAAUUCUGCGGAAUUCCGUGGUAGGGAAGGCGAGUUCCCCGUCGUAGAACUUAAAUGGAAACUCGCGGCACAAACAGUUUCACGCUGCGAGAGAUGCGAUUUGCGUUCCUGGCUGACUGACAAUUUCGUGGGGAACUUCGCGAAACGAGACGAGACGAGACGAGACGCGACACGUCGUAUUAUUACUUUAUUAAUCACCGGUUACGCGGAUUUUCGAGUACACGCGGUUCUCUUUCUGUCCUACAACCUUCGCUUUUUGUGAGACACAAUCGCUGAUAUCUUUUUUUUUUUAUUUGAAACAUAUUUACGCAGCUAUUCAUUUUUUUUUUUUAGAUAAACUUUUACGAGAUUUGUGACGUCAAACGUUGAAAUAAAACACCUCCAAAAAUUGUG